AAAGAGGGGGCGAAGUGUUGGAGCGCCGUCGCCAUUUUACCACAGUUGGAUUGUUUUGUAGAACCCAAAAAAAAAAAGAAAAUGGCUCUGAGUCAAGCUUCAAUCUCGUCUUCUUCCUCCGCCUUGUUCUCUCAGAGCCGCUUCAAUUUCAAGUCCCCAACCUCCAGAGGUCAGAGCGUCGCCGUUCCCGCCAAAACCAUCGGCGGCGGCUGGAAAUGCGUCGCCACUCCUGAAAAGACAGAGUUCAAGACUCAGGUGAGUCGCAAUGCGAACAUGGGGAAGCUUCAAGCUGGUUAUCUUUUUCCAGAGAUUGCUAGGAGGAGGAAUGCGCACUUGGAGAAGUACCCUGAUGCGAAAAUAAUUCCCCUUGGAAUUGGUGACACUACCGAGCCCAUUCCAGAAUAUAUAGCCUCUGCAAUGGCAAAGAGAGCACUUGCCAUGUCCACCCGAGAGGGUUACAGUGGUUAUGGACCUGAACAAGGUGAAAAGCCACUGAGAACUGCAAUUGCUAAAACGUUUUAUGAUAACCUUGGCAUAGAGGAAGAUGAUAUAUUUGUUUCUGAUGGUGCAAAAUGUGACAUAUCCCGCCUUCAGGUUCUUUUUGGGGAGGAUAAAACAAUAGCAGUGCAAGAUCCAUCAUAUCCGGCUUAUGUAGACUCGAGUGUUAUUAUGGGCCAGACAGGACAGUACCAGAAAUCUGUUGAGAAGUUUGCAAACAUUGAGUACAUGAGGUGUACUCCCGAUAAUGGAUUUUUUCCUGAUCUGUCCUCUACUAAUCGAACAGAUAUCAUAUUUUUCUGUUCACCAAACAAUCCUACUGGUUCUGCUGCAACAAGGGAGCAACUGACACAACUUGUAAAGUUUGCCAAGGAUAAUGGCUCAAUCAUAGUCUAUGAUUCUGCAUAUGCCAUGUAUAUGUCAGAUGAUAAUCCAUGCUCCAUCUUUGAAAUCCCUGGAGCUAAAGACGUUGCAAUUGAGACAUCAUCAUUUAGCAAGUAUGCUGGAUUCACUGGAGUUCGUUUGGGGUGGACUGUGGUUCCAAAGCAGUUGCACUAUUCGGAUGGUUUUCAAGUCGCCAAGGACUUCAACCGCAUUGUUUGUACUUGCUUCAAUGGUGCAUCCACUAUUGCCCAAGCUGGUGGUCUGGCUUGCCUUGAACCAGAGGGUCUUAAGGCUAUGCACGGGGUGAUAAAUUUCUACAAAGAAAAUACUAAUAUCAUAAUGGAGACAUUUAACUCCCUUGGCUUUAAUGUAUAUGGAGGGACGAAUGCUCCAUAUGUGUGGGUCCACUUCCCUGGACAAAGCUCAUGGGAUGUGUUCGCUGAGAUUCUUGAGAAGACUCAUGUGGUUACCACACCUGGAAGUGGCUUUGGACCUGGUGGUGAAGGUUUCAUCAGGGUUAGUGCCUUUGGUCACAGGGAAAAUGUAUUAGAAGCAUGCAAGAGAUUCAAGCAAUUAUACAAGUGAGGACAGCGGAUCUGACUUUGUAGACCGGUAUCUGCUGCCUACUAGUUGAACCAACGGUGUUGACAUUUGCCUCCAUUUGUGUUCUAUGCUUAAAACUUAAGCAAGUUCCAAUUUCGUAAUUAGUUUGUCGACUUCAGUUUUUGAAUUGUAGAGAUUUUAGCUAGUGUAAAAUUGAUUUGAUCAGCCUUGUUUUAUGAUGUUACGCUUUAUUGCUGUAACUUUUGUAAGGAUUAGAAGCUUGAUUUUGUUGGCUAGAAUAAUAGAAUUUUCCUAAAUAAAGUGGUUGAUUUUACUUGGCCA